AUGCACGACUUCAUCACGGUUGAAGACUCAGAGCUCUGGGAUAUCAUCUGCGAUGGACCUUUCAUUCCUACGAAGACCAUUGGAGACCCCGUAAUGACAGUUCCUAAAAUAAGAAAGGAAUAUAAUGAUAAUGACCGCAAGGCUAUUGAAAAGAACCUUCAAGCUAAAAAAAUCCUCGUCUGUGCUCAUGAAAGGACAACACAGGUAAAACAGUCCAAGAUUGACAUGAUAACCACAGAGUAUGAGCUUUUCAAGAUGAAGGACGAUAAGUCCAUUCAGGAUAUGCACACUCGCUUCACAUCUAUCAUCAAUAAGCUUCACUCUCUAGGAGAGAUCAUCCCCAGGAGAAAAUUCUUCAAGAAGAUACUUAGUGUAUUACCUGGUUCCGGGGAAAGCAAAGUGAAUGCUAUCACAGAAGCAAAGGAUCUGCAGGAGCUGACCAUUGAUUAA